UUCGCCAUCAACAUGGGUCGACGCGAAGUGUGGGCAUCCUAUGACGACGACGCCACGCCCGUAGUUGCCAAGUCAACCACCACCACCUCUGCCGAAGCGGUGCAACCUCGGAAACCUUUCAACUUGGAGCUGCUUCGAAACAAAGUGAUCUUUGGUGGCCUCGUCGGCUCGACGACGGGCGCAACGUUUGGUUUUGUCGGAGCUUUCCAGAAUCACCACACCAAGCAUGGCAGCGUCAAUUCCCAAGCUCUUCUUGGCGCCGCACGCACAGCCGGCACCACUGGCGCAGUGUUUGGCGCGUUCUUCUUGGCGUACCAAGGACUCAAGACAACGAUCGAGCAGCUCCGUGGGGAUGAGGACUUUUUGAACGCCGGCGCGGCCGUCGCCGUCGCCGGACUGCCCUUUUACCGCACCAUCACGUUCCGGUCGCACAUGGGGUAUGCAGGUCUUCUCGUCGCGUUGGAUUACUUUCACGACGAAAUGAACAACUUUCGCAAAUAACAUCGCUCCAGCCUACACAGUUCGUUCAGCUCGUUCCCAUCGCAAUGCUCCCGCCCACAUUGCCCUUGAAGUGCACAGUGCACUCGUGUCAUGGUGACAUGUCCGAGCGAUGAUUUCAAUAGGCAUCGUAUAUCUACCUAGC